AUGAAAGACCCUCAUUUCUUUCAAGAUAGGGCAAUAUUGGCCCCUACACUAGAGGCUGUUGAAAUGAUAAACAUAUACAUGCUUGAGAUGAUAGCUGCACCAGAGCAUGAAUAUCUGAGCUCCGACUCUGCCUUGCGAUCUGAUGAGGAUUCUGAAAUCCAAGGUGAGUGGUUUACCACCGAAUUUUUGAACGACACUAAAAGUUCAGGAAUGCCUAACCACAAACUUUUAUUGAAAGUUGGUACUCCAAUAAUGCUUUUGAGAAAUAUAGACCAAGCAGCAGGUUUAUGCAAUGGAACCAGGUUAAUUGUGAACGAACUUGGUGAACAUUUUAUUGGUGCAACUGUUAUCACGGGAACAAAUGUCAAUGACAAAGUGCACAUUUUAAGAAUGGACUUGGUUCCUUCUGAUUCCAAAUUUCCAAUUAAAUUUAGAAGAAGACAGUUUCCAAUUGCAAUAUGCUUUGCUAUGACCAUAAACAAGAGCCAAGGACAAACACUAUCUCAGGUUGGCCUCUUCCUUCCAAGGCCCGUCUUCACUCAUGGUCAGUUAUAUGUAGCUCUUUCUAGAGUACGCUCAAGAAAAUGUCUUAAACUUUGUAUACUCGACGAGGGGGGCAAACAACAGACCAGUACUGUAAAUGUAGUGUUUAAGGAAGUUUUUGGAAAUGUUUGA